CCGCAAUAUUUGCAUAAAGAGAAUGUGGACUUUCCCUAAUUUGCAUAGGACAGAACGUUUCCUGAGCAAACCGAAAGCAGGUGUGUCGCUGUUUACUGCUUUACAGGAAGAGACAGGCUCACGACAGAUAUCGCAAUCUGAAUUCAGGAAUACAGGAAAAGCAAUGGACUCAUUUCCAGACUGCUGUCCACAUCUUAGUAUGCCUGUAGAGACUGAUGAGUCUAUGACCUUGUCCUCUCUCAAUCUGGCCUGGCCUGCAUGCCAGCAGUGCCAAUCACAUACCCUUAAAGACACAGGAAAAAGUGGUAGAUUCAUCCCUGAGAUGCGUGUUUGUGAUGUAAGUAGAUUGGAUAAGUUUGAUGGCUGCUAUCAGCUUCCUCCUAAAGAUUUAAGGGUCAGCCCCCUCACCAGACUUUCCAUGAGUGAUUCACAACACACAGAGAGCGCUGCAGGCUUGCCCAGUCUCUACUUGCCUCGAAGUUCAGGAAGACACCUUCAGAAAGACUAUAGAGCCCACAUAGAAGAUCUGAGUGAAGAUUUCUCAGGCACCAGUCUUCAAAAUCCCUGCAGUUCCCCACAUCCACACACCCAAAACCCUGUGAGUGAGGAUGAGGAGAGUCUAGAAAAGCCUAGUCCUCUUCGCUCUGACCUGAGAGAGGAUUUCUGCAGAUAUUCCCCAGCAAAGCAGCCAGGAUUUUAUGAUGAGUACCCACCAGAUCUUUUAUAUCACUGGCAUAAGCAGUCUGCAAAUUAUCCACAGCCCAACUAUCUCCUGAAUCCUUUCCUACCUGAGCAUGCAAGACAAGUGGCAGUUGUGAGGCCCCCUCAAGUUACAUCCCGUCAGAGCACAGCCCCUGUUAGAGAGCUUAUGUCAGAAGUGUGUGUCCAGCCUUCCCAACAAGGUGUCGGCCACCCUCAAACACUGAGGCGCAACAUCAGUCUUCCUGAUGACUGCAGAGACAUUUUCAUAACAUAUUCCGUGGACACUGCAGCAGAGUUGAUGCCCUUUGUGAAUUUUUUGAUUAAUCAGGGAUUCAGACCAGCUAUUGAUAUAUUUGAAGACAGAGUUAGACAAAUGGACAUCAACAAAUGGAUGGACAGUUUUUUAAAAAAUAAGUCCGUGUUAAUCAUUGUAGUGAUCAGUCCAAAGUAUAAGACCGAUGUUGAGGGAGAUGGAUCUGAUCAACAUGGACUACACACCAAGUACAUACACACUCAGAUCCAAAAUGAAUUCAUUCUGCAGAGAUGUCUAAACUUCAGAUUGGUACCAGUGCUGUUUCCCAGUGCUAACCAAAGUCAUGUUCCACUGUGGCUACAGAGCACGCGUCUGUACCGGUGGCCCGAGGAUGCUAAGGACCUGUUACUGCGCUUACUCAGAGAGGAAAAAUACAUCGUCCCUCCUCUGGGCAAAGAGCUGAUGCUCACUAUCAAACCCCUGUAAAACUGAAUCUUAUGACAUCAUGUCUAGAUCGCAUUUCAUCUCCAGAUCAAAAGAAAAGAUAAAAUUGUAUUUUGCUUAAAGAAAAUUUUAUUUUAAGUCUAUUUUUAAGUCUGUUAUAGGAUCAUUAUUUUGUUUUAUUUUAUUUUAUUUUUUUAAUGAAAAGUGUGAACAUUGUCCACCCAAAAAUUUUAAACAAUCUUAUUAUUCUCAAUAGUGAUUCUCAUAACUGCAUUUUUUCAGUUUCUUUCAGUUGAUUUUGGGAUAAAGGUAACCACAACAUAGUUUGUUAGAUUAACCCAUAAACCCACUGCAUUAAUGCUCUAGAAACACUUCACAGGCACUGCAGGUAAUACUUAUAAACUGUUUAAAAUACUCAAAUACU